UGCUCGAGGCAAGGACUCGUACGGAGACCCAUUCCGAGAGAAUCGCACGAAUCCGAGAAUUAAUUGUGGAACGGACCCCAUAAAUCGAGAGUACUUAGCAGAAAAGUAUAAGAUUCGCUCCUUCUUGGAGGAGCGUCGUCCAGCAAAGCGAGUAAAACGAACGUCAGUUUGGUAGAUAAAGCUCUUAUGCGUUUAUGGAAGUAAAAUUUAUUAUUAUAUUGUUCGUCCGAAUUAUAGACCAAGUCGAGAAUCUGAGGACACAGAGCGUACGAAAAAGUUGAUGAUGAAAAGGUACAUUCAACAAUCCGUUUCUAGCUCAUCUUCUUCUUCAUCCACACCAAUUCGACGCCCGCCACCCACCAAGAAAAUUAUUAGUAGCAGUAGCAGUAGUAGUUACAGCAGUAGUAGCCCACCCCCGAAAAAACAAUCACCUCCAAAAGAAAGCAGCAGUAGUAGCAGUAUCAGCAGUCUGAGUAGUAGCAGAAGUAGUUCGAAAUCACCACCUCCUAAACCUCUUCCUGAACCAGAAGAAAUUCCGUCGCCCCCAAAACCACGUAGCGUUAGCAGUAGUUCCAGUUCGUCUCCGCCACCUCCACCACCACCGCCACCACCGCCUCCCAUUGUCACUGAUGAUAAACCUCCACAACCUCCACCAACGCCGAUAAUUAGUAGUAGCAGCAGCAGCAGUCCUAAAAAAGUUGCACCAAUUAUUAAGGAUGAUCCUCCACAAGAGCCGCCUAAGCAUGUGUCCUCUUCAAGUAGUUCUUCUGAAGAUGUAGUCAAAAAAGUUCAAAUCGUUGAACCCCCGAAAAGAAGGGUAGCACCGCCCAGUAGCUCAAGUUCAACUCCUGUAGGACUUAAGCACUUGCAUAAUCAAACGCCGUCUGGACCAACAAUUUUAACGCCAAGUUCAAGUUCAGAAGAAGUGGUGAUCAAAAAAGUGCGUCGGGUGCAACCCAGUAGCAAUGUGACGGGAGAAACUCAACAAUCAAAAUCAACCACUUCAGACGAAGAGGUGGUUAAGAAAGUUGUGAAGCGCCAUAAAGAUCCAGCACAGUUUUAUCCCACGCACUCUAUUUCCGAGAGCUCCUCCUCUUCGAAUUCGACAGAGGUGGUCAGAAGGGUCAUAAGGAAGCAACAUCCACGUACAAAUAAUGCCAAACCAAACUCCGGAACUUCAAGCUCUUCGUCGGAAGAAGUGAUCAAGAAAAUUGUUACUAGACGGCAACAGAAUGUCCCCCCACCUACUCCUUCAUCACAGAUGUAGGUCGUCCAUUUUAGGGUGAUACACCUGGAUGCACUUUCACUUGGUUGUAUUUACGUAUUUGUGAUGAUGAUGAUGGAAAGUAAUGCGUAUUGUUGAAGGGCCGUUACACGAGAUGGUGCUAUAAAUAAAUGAUAGUGCUUAACAUGCGAUAAGCUCUACGUGAUCUCUCUCACAUAAACUUUGUUUGCGAAUCAAUCACAUCAUGCGCCACAUCGAACCAAAAUUUUCACGGUGGAAAUUCUCGACCUUUUAUAAAAUCCGACUUUUUUAGGGAAAUUUCUACUAUGAAUUGUAUAUACAUAGCCAAUUACUAAAGUUUGGUUCAAAAUUCAUAGAAAGAUUACGUGAGAAUUUUUAUGCAACGUUUCAUCGGACAGGGGGUUAUGCAGAACGUUUUUACAUGUAAUAUAUUCGGACUUAGCAUACAUAGAAUACCAAGCUUAGGAUUAGUACAAUAGUUUAUACAUAAUAGUUAUAUUUUUUAAUUUAA